AUGUCCUUUGAUUCAAGUUUAGAUAACCGAGAAGAUAUAAUGAAAGAAUUUGGUAUGGGUGUGUGUAUGACCAUUGUAGCUGCUUCCUCAGCUGCUAUUGCUGGUGUUGUUUCAGGAUAUCCUUUUGAUUCCAUUAAAACAAGAUUACAAACACAAAGCUAUAAUUCUAUCACUACAUGUAUUAAAAUAACAUAUAAAGAAGAAGGUAUUCGAGGCUUCUUUAGAGGUGUCUUGCCGCCCUUGAUUACUGUUAGCAUUAUAAAAUCAAUUUCAUUUUCGGUAUAUGAAAAUACCAAAGGACAUUAUAAAACACUGCAUCCAGCACAAUUUAUGAAUAGUCCUUCAUUAAUAUCUACCAUGUUUGCAUCUACUUUAGCAGGUUCAGUAAGUGGUGCAUUUAUUGCUGCCUUAAGUUGCCCGUUUGAACUCGUCAAAGUACAAAAGCAAUUGGAGUUCUUAUUAUUGAAGGCGAGUAGUGUAUCAACAGGUACUACUGUGAUGAUGCAUGAUAGUAUGGAAAACAAUAAACCUCCUACAAAAAAUAAAAGUAAAAAGUUCAAUACAGGAACCAGCUUACAACUGUCUAUUAAUAACAUAGUAGAAGAUAAUAAACAAUUCUCGAGUACAUCUAGUUGGUAUUCAGCAAAAGAAAUUAUAAAGAAAAAAGGAAUAUUCGGUAUUUACAGUGGAUUUACGCUUCAUCUGAAUACGUACAUAGCUACAUUAUAUGCAACAGUAACUGACAAAUUUUGCGUAGUGAGAGACACAAUAGGAACAGGUGUUUAUUUUGGUGGUUAUGAAACGAUAAAAUAUAUUUUAACUACCAAUGCAUCAACAGCAGGCCCACUUACCCAAUUUCUAGCAGGUGGUCUAUGUGGUCUUAUGUGUUGGAUUGUUAUCUUUCCGCUUGAUUUAAUCAAGACAUUAAAACAGAAAGAAAUUUUAUCGUCUAAACCCAAAUAUACCCUUCAACUCAUACAAGAUAUUUAUAAACAACAUGAAUUAACUGGAUUUUACAAAGGCCUUACUGUCACCUUAAUUCGUGCUUUCCCGAUUCAUUCACUAAAUUUCUUGGUCUACGAGCAAACAUUAAUACUCGUACAUUAUCUCACUCAAAAAUGAUCUAUUUCAGGUCCCUUUUUUUUUUGUUCCUGUUUCCCAGCUAUAAAUAACUUGUUGAAUAUUUCACUAGCAUUGACACAUUGAAGGAUAUAAUUCUUGAUGUUAUAUAUGUGUAUAAAUAUAUUUUUAUCAAAUUGAUAAUAAGAAUAAGAUAAUUAUUGUGAAAUAGGUUAAUAUUUAAUUCAUGAAGAACAAUAAGUAAAAAAAUAAAAUAAAAC